GUCACUUCCAGCGGGCGGUGCCGGGCCCGGUGCCGCCGGUGCGGGCCGGGGGUAGAGGAGGCGGAGGGAGGUCCCGGUCCCGGUUCUGGUCACCGUCCCGGUUCCGAUCCCAGUCCCAGCGCGCCAUGGUGGUGCUGCGGGGCGGCGCGGGCCCCGAGGAGGCGUUCCCGAGGAUCGAGGACUGCCUGCCCCUGCUGCAGGACUCCCCCUCCAAGCGGUUCUCGCCGUCCAAGAGGAAGCAGUAUUACAUCAACAAAGCCAUCCGCAACUCCGACCUCAUCCCCAGGGCCAAGGGCCGCAAGAGCCUCCAGAGGCUGGAGAACACUCGCUACCUGAUGACACUUCUGGAGCAGGAUGACUGCGGGAGCGACGAGGGAGAGCUCACCCACUCUGCCACCCCCAGCAUCUUCACUGAGGCCUGUAACAAUGAGACCUAUGUGGAGAUCUGGAACGACUUCAUGAACCGGUCAGGAGAAGAGCAGGAGAGGGUCCUGCUCUACCUGGAGGAGGAGGCCAGGAAGAAGCACAGGAGGAAGCUGCCUGUCAAGAAUGAAGACAAGUGGAAAGAGCUCCCUGCCUACACCCCCCAGGAGUGCUUCCAGCGCAUCAGCCGCCGCCUGCGCGCCACCCUGAAACGGGGCCGGAUCCCCAUGGGGACGCUGGAGGGGCUGGAGGAGGAGCUGCUGGCCUUCUUCUCUGUCACCCCCCACUCUGUCUACACAGCACUGAUGGAUAACAGCUUUGAGCGGCUCCUGCUGCACGCACUCUGCCAGUACAUGGAUCUCGUCUCUGCCAGUUCGGACAUCGAAGGGAAGCGUCAGAUGAAAGUGAGCAACAAACACCACGUGUUCCUGCCCCCGGAGCUGCUGCUCUCAGACUACCUGGGGCAGAUGAGCUGAUGCCCCCACAGCUGCCCUGCCCCUCCUGUGUCCUCUGCAGCCUCUCCCGGACCCUCCUCAGCUCUUCCCCAGCAGCCGCUCCAGGCCGGGGAUUUGUGGCUGUGCCCUUGGGUGUGCUGGCAGCAGGGCUGGCAUGGGUGCAGAGCAGGUGCCUCUCGCCCGCCCUGCUCCCCGCACAGCCCUCCUGGAACUCUUUGUGUGUCUAUUUAUAACCCAGGUGUUUUUAAAAAUAAUCAGGCGGGGCCAGCCUCCUCCGGCGCUGACGCUCGUGGGGUGAUUUGGGUCCAGAUUUUUCUGCGGUGAAACAGCUCCUGGCGGCUGCUGAGCAAUGGCUGAGCCGGCGGAAGAGCCCCGGGGCUGCCGCGUUCCCCCAGCCCCGUGCCCACUGGGUGUGCAGGGGGGCUCGGGCAGGGCGGGGUGUGGGGAGCUCCGGGUGCUUUUUACCCCACACCCUGUGCCCUGCCUGCAGAACGGGGCUGUUUUUAAGUGUAAUAUAGCUUGUGUUUUUUAUCACGUGUGUGUGUAUUUACAUGUGUGUGUGUGUGUGCGUGCUGGAGGGGUGCAGCCCCUUUUGGGGCUCUCUCUGCUUUUCCACAGUUGCCAUGGUGGCAGAUGGGGCAUUUCGGGGGUCCCUCUCUGUGCCCCCGUGUCGCUGGCAUGUGCCAAGUGUUGCUCACAGGGAAUUUUUGCUUUGUCCCACAAUGACACCGACUGCCAUUAACCGUGGGCACCCCCAGACCCAGGGGAGCCCCUCGCGCCUCCUUUGCUGGUGUGACUCGGACACGUUCAGCAACAAUAAAAACGGUGCUCCCCUG